AGUCGCUACAAAAAAGUGCAUUUGUUAUUUCUGCAUUUCCCUGCUCAUCGCUCUCUCUUCGAUCCAGAAAAAGGAGCUUCCGAGGUUGGAUAUCGAAACCCUAUUAUUCAGUCUCUUGGUAUCUAAUCUAUGCUGCUCCUUCGCAACGGUCGUGACUGCAAAUGAAACCCUAGUUCCUCGAGUUUUGCAAAUUAUCACAAAAACCCUAGGAAUUUUUUUCCUUUUGAUCUCUCGUCUUAUACUUCCCGUUUUCCCCACUUCUCUAACACCCGGAAUUAGGUAAAUUUCUGAUGAUAAUCGAGCGACUUGGAUGGCGUAGGAAGCCAGAUUCGUGUUUCAUCGAUGAGAACUAGUGAUUGUUUGUAUAUUCCUUUUGUGCAAUACCCGAUGGCCAUAUCCUCGUGAGGAUUAAGGUGUUUUGUAGAUAGGUUUUAUUUGUAUCGAGAAUUGCUAACGAUUCGGAUGGAUCAGAGGAUGGGAUUUUCCUGAGGUCAGCUCGGAUUUGGCAUCUUUAAAUCAGGGAAGCUGAUACUCUUUUCCCCCCUUUCGAAUCCGAUUGCCGGUGAUUGAGCGAAGUUGACGCUUCAAUUGUAAAUAAUUUGACUUAGAGCUGUCUUGAGGACAGUGUUAGUUAGACAUGCUGUUUUCAGAAUGGAGAUGGAAGUGAUUGUGUUGACUUGGAAGGAUAAUCUUGACGCUACAUCUGGGCUUGAGAUGCGUCUGAUUGUUUUAUUCAAGAUCACACUUGGUUAGCAGUUGGUUGUGAGGUUUAGAAGAACUCCCUGUCGACUGGUGUUGCUUCAAUAACUGAAUUGAGCGCCAUGAGUAUAGCGAAUGAAAAACUAAAUGGCCUGAAUCUGCAUGAGGCAUGCACAGAAUCUCAAAAAAGGUCAAGAUUGUUGUACACUAGAGAAUUUCUACUCUCUCUUAGUAACUUGGAUGUUUGCAAGCGGCUUCCAAGUGGAUUUGACCAAUCACUUUUAAGUGAAUUUGAGGACACUUCACAAGAUCGGUUUAGAGCAUCUGGUGGUUUCUCAUCACAAAGUUAUAAGCGAACAGAAUAUGGUUCGUCCCCACCAACCAGAGGGGACACAAGUAAUUUUCCUCGUGGGAUUCAGGGAAGAUGGGAUAGUCGCUCAUCAGUUAGAAGUGAUCGUGACAGUGUUUCACAAUCUGAAAAGGAAUCAGAUACUGGAGGACGUUAUGCCAACCAGUCUCGACGACCUUGGCAGGUUCCUGAGCAUGAUGGGCUUCUUGGAAGUGGCUCAUUCACACGGCCUUCUGGGUUGGCAGUGGGCUCUUCAGCUUCAACGUUCCGAGAGCCUAGCGAACCAUAUUAUCCCCCUCGCCCUUACAAGGCUACUCCUAACUCUCGCCGGGAUAUCACUGACUCAUUUAAUGAUGAAACUUUUGGCUCUUCUGAGUGCACAACCGAAGACAGAGAAGAAGAGGAAAAAAAACGAAGAGGUUAGGAUCCUCUUACUGCAAGAUAUGGUCGCUUCUUUUGAUUUAUUGAGGAAGGAACAUCAUAAAGCUUUUCAUGAAAGGCAGAAGUUGAAUCCAGGAAAGGGUAAAGAUGACUUCAAUUUUUCUUCGUUGAUGGGAGAUUCAAGUGAUAACAAGAGAAGUCAAGACAGAAGCAAUGAACUGAACGGGCCAGUGUCAAGUAAUAAUUCUCAUAAAGCUGCCACAUCAUCUGUUCCUUCAUCUAGACCUCUUGUCCCUCCAGGUUUUUCAAAUGCAUCGGCUGAGAAAAGCACUGGAACUAAAGUGGUGACCAAUUCUCAGUUGGAGGUAGUCAAUGAAGUUGAAGGCUCACACAACAAAGGGAACAAUUUGUUCCUUGGAGCUUCACAAAACCAAGAACAGGUGCAGCGUCUAGAAUCACUAAAUGUGAGCGAGCAAGAGCUUGGCAAUUUUAGUAUUAAUGUUUCAGUCAAUAGUAGCAAAGGGCAAAAGUUACUGGAUUUACCUUCCACAGUGGAUGCCUCUAGCAAACUAAUUGGGAAAGAUGCUCAAUUUUAUAAAACUCUGGAGCUGUUAGAAGGUUUUGAAACUCAAAAGAAUGGUGGAGUUACAGAUCUGAGUGUCGAGGAUGUGGUGAAAGGUAAAUUCAAUGGUGGAUCUGACCCAACUGGCUCCACCUCAAUUCUGGAACAGCUUUUUGGGAAUGCUUUAGCUCCAAAUGGUGAUGAUUCUUCUAGUUCCGUUGAGGGAGGAUGGGCCUCUUUUAAUAUUUUCUUUCCAAAGCAACAUGGUCCCAAAAUGGAGGAGGCAUGGAUUUCGUCUGAUGUACAAUCUUCCAAGUUUGCCCAGUGGUUUCUUGAAGAAGAAAAGAAUCCAGUCGACGAUGUCUCUUCUGGUGGGCCGAACAGUUUGCUUUCUUUAAUCGUGGGUGGUGAAAAAGGGCUGUCUCAUCCUACUGAUGGUAGAACUGCCAAGCAGCACAUCUUGCCAGACUUGUCGGUUCGACAUGGUGAACUUGCUGACAAAGAUAGGAGAUCAAGCUCAGUGCUUGCUGCUAUUAAAGAUACUGAAAAGUCUCCACCGUUCUCUGAUUAUAAAGUGGAACCAGUGACAGCUGUACUUACAUGUGAAGACCUUGAGCAGUUGAUCCUAUCUGGGAUUACUGGAAGUGGAUCAUCUUUGUCAGCUAAUGAACGUGGGAGGAAUGUCGUGGAUCAGAAAACUCUUAAAUUGGAAGCCACUCUUCAACUGAAAGCCAAGGCUGAUGAUCAUGCAUCCCAGAACAUUCUCUCAUUAUUGCAGAAGGGCACAAGUUUGGAUGAUGCAUUUCCUUCUGCCAUUCUAGGAACUAAGUCUGUAGACAAUAUAAAGGAUAUAGAAGAACCCAGUAUUGGUCUUCCAGGAAUCUCUAUUUCGUCAGAUACUGAACAUUCUGUAACUUUGGGGAAGGCUUUGACUCUUGAAACUCUUUUCGGAACUGCUUUUAUGAAAGAACUGCAGCCAGUAGGAGUACCAACUGCAAGCCAACCCGCCAAGGCUGGUAUUGCAAAACUUGAUAUUCCUCAGUUCCAUAGUCCUUACCUUGAAGGUGAUGGUGGUCUACUUCUGUCAACUUUAGGAAUGACAUCCAACAUAUCAGGCCUGGGAAGUGGCGUCCCACCAUCAAACCAGCCUCGCCAAAUUAAGUCGGAUAGGAUUGAGGAUCACUUCAUAGCCUUAAAUUCUAGCAACAAAGUAGAUACUUCACAGAUCCAGUCUGAAUUGGUCUCCAGACUUGGUGGACAAGUAUCAUGUGCUGAGAUUGGGCUCCCUGAGGAGGACAGCCUGCUUGCAGUUAGUGACCCUCUGAAUGCAUAUGAUCUUGUACAUGCUAGGAACACGUCGGAUAAGAUUGAAGUGCUGGGUACACAAGAGAUGACAGUUGACAUUGCUGAAAAGCUUGCAGCUUUAAGUUCGUUCCGAGAUGAGAGGUCUCUCAUAGGAGACCAAGGUGGUCCACCUUUUGGUCGCAAUCCUUAUGAGGCGAGGGAACAGGAAGUUCAGUAUCAAAAUAUUCGGGUACGUCCAUCUCCACAUCAGCUUAAUCCGUCUCAAAUCAAUAAUGCUGAGUUAAUGUUUCACUCAUUGGAUUCUCAUUCCCCUAAAAUCAAUGCUCAGAUGAGAUUCAUUUCCCCAGAGAAUGUCAUUCAUCGUCAUGCUCCUAGUAAUCACUAUCAUGGGAAUAUGUUCCAUCAUCUUAAUGGCGGCAGCACACUUACUGGGUUUGAUCCUAGCCCUCAGAAUGCAUUGCUGCAACAGAUGCAUAUGACUGACAAUUUUCCUCAUAUCUCACGUGGAUUUCCUACGGGUGCUCCUGCUGUUCCACAUCUUAACAACCAGAUGCCAGGUUUUAUACCGGAUGCGAAUCCAAUGCAAAACUUCCCCUUUGGCCAGAGGCCGACCAACUUAGGUGCUGUCGCGAUUCCAUCUCAUGCUCCAGGCGUCGACAGUGGAACCAAUCGUCCAGAGGCACUGCAGAAGUUAAUUGAGAUGGAACUCAGGCUGAAGCCGAAGCAGGUUCACCCUUUGGCUGCAGUUGGGCAUGGUCAAGGGCCGUUUGGUCAUGAGCACAUGGGGUUCGGAUACAGAUAGUUGGAGUGCUUUAUGCCUUCAUGGACGUGUAAAUUGGCAAGAGUGUAUUCAAAUAGUCCUCAGGUUUUCGUAUGUUGGCGUCUGGUUUAUACUGUUUUUCUCAGGGAGUAGGGAUUUCCAAGAGUUAGUAAGAGGGGAUUUUUAUUCCAACCUGCCCUUUUGUUUUGGGAGGUUUUGCAUCGAAAUCCAAAUUCCAGCGCACAUAUGACCUUAGCCAAAUGUUACAUCCUCACAUAAAAAAAGCCAAAUGUUACAUCCUAGUUAUGUAGUCCAUGUUCUUUACUUUUUUUUUUUAAUGCAAUUACUGCAACCACAUGGUUUUUUAUGCCAACGUUGUUGUACGUUUUAUGUGGUCUAGAGUAGUGAUGGUGAUAGUAAUGGGCGGGUACUUCAAUAUCCAUAUCUGUUUGUACUUGGGUACUUCAAUAUCCAUAUCUGUUUGCACCAAGUACGGGUCAGGUUGGAUAAUACCCACCCAAUUACGAGUUGGAACAGGUUGAUCAAUUCUUAUAUAUAAAUUGAAAAUUAA